UCAAGUUGUAGUAGAAUUUGUGUUCAUAUACAAGCCUGGAGGUGUGGUGAUCUUCGGAUCCCACGUGUAAUCACCAGCACAGUACUUCUGGGCCUGGGGUAUGUGGAAGAAUUCAUCCUACGACGAUUGGUAUUCUGGACUCCGCCUAUGUCGUACGCUUCUUACUAGAUAGGGUACUUUGACGUCCUUGUCAACCAGAGAGAACCAGGAGGUGGUGGUGGCAGCAAAGACGGCCGCAGCAACAUGGUCCUGCCAGUUUUCGUACAUCUGCACUUCAAAACACAGGAGAUGGAGAAAUGAUGAUGAUAUGGAUAGAGUGACGGCAUCGAAUGGUAGAGGUCAAAAGCCGCGGGAGAGCCUCAAUCACGCUAGCGCCAGCCAAUCCGGGAAUCUGUCUGCUGGCGCGUCCGCGGUCCUCAUGAGUCCUUCAAGUUCACACCGUCACGCGUUGCAGUCAUGGCAUUGCCCCUUCCGCCGGGGCUUACGCCUCCAGAGAUUGCGUUUCUGUGUGAAAUGGAGCUUGUGACUGUCAUACCUCGCCAAAGACUGGAAGGACUCGAGCUGCUCGGUGGCCCUCUCAAGCCUCUGAAUCCACCUCAAAGGAGCGACAUCCCUCUUUGGCUUGCCCUCCUCCUUAAACGCCAGCGACGCGCCAACAUCCUUCCUCCGCCCUGGCUGAACACACACUCUCUUACGGCAAUCCUCGAUCACGAGACAGAGCAUGGCGAUACGUUCUCUCCGCCACCGCGACUACCACCGCAGCCCUCUGAAAACACACUGCCUACAUCACCACCCUUCCUACCAACCUCGACCGCAGAUGCAGCGCCAGACGCGUUACCAUACCACUGGCUCGAGCUCGGCGAGAUACUGCUUGAAGCUGCUUCAGAUGACUUCGAAGAGCCAGAUCAGGUGCGAAAGCUGCUGAGAGGGUUGCGAGAAGUGCGCAUGUCGAAGCUGCGAAGCGGUGUCGAGGUGCUAGACGCAGCUGGAGGCAUCAAGAUGAACGGAGUGGGAGGCAUGGAAAUAGGAGAGGGCAGGCCAUUCAUCACAGGAGUUAUCGACGGUCUGAGAAAAAUUGGAGCGUCACGCGAACAGCAACGCAAAGACCGCGACGCCGAAGAAGCAGAAAACGGCUACUCAGGCACCGCGGGCGACUACGACGACGACGAGAUGGACAUGCAAUGAGCGGCACAAACCUCUUGCAAUCUACAAUCGCAGA